AUGAAGGUCACAUCCUUCCUCACCGCCUUAGCCGGGGUCCAUUCAGUCGCCGCCUACGAGUACGUCUAUCUUGUCAACUCCGUCAAAGGCAACGAAGUCUCUAGCGGAAUGGCAUACUACGGUGACAAAAGUCCUCCAGGCAAUAUGGCUCGUCCUAGCGAUUACACCGAUGUCACUCAUGGAACUUUCACAUACUGGGAAGGGAAGGCUGUUAAAGCGACUCGAUACCUUUUCCCGACCAGGAGCGCCCAUGCUCCUCAGCACUUGGUCGGUUUUGCUACUCUGACAGCUACCUGCGGCCUCGGCUGUGGUAUCGUGAUUGCUGCGCCAGGGUACCUUUAG